UCUUGCUCUCUAACAAUAGUAAUGAUCCAUUUGUGAUACAAUCAAGAGAGUCAAUCAAUCUGUCGUAUCAUGAUUAAUGAGUCACUAAUUAAACAUCUCAAUUUCAUUUCAUUGUUUAUCCAUAAUAACAGUGCCAUCUAUGUGAUUAUCAUUUCGGUUUAUGGUUUUUAUCAACAUCAAACAUUAGAUAUUUACAAUAUUUAAUAUGUGUCUUGAUUAGUAAUUUGGUUUUAAUUGCUCUCUUGAUUAGUGACAAUUUUAAUACUUUUUCUCUCUCACUUUUGUACAUUUGUUUAUUACCUUUGAAACAAUUACCAUUCCAGUCAAUUCUUUACCAAAUCAAAAUGUCUACAUGUAAAGUUGCUUUAAUCACCGGAAUCACUGGCCAGGAUGGAUCAUAUUUGGCUGAGUUUCUUAUUGAGAAAGGUUAUCAAGUCCAUGGUGUCAUUAGGCGGUCAAGUAGCUUCAAUACAGCUCGGAUUCAACAUCUAUACAAAGAUCCGAAAACUCAUAAACAAGGGUCAAUGAAGCUUCAUUAUGGUGACAUGACCGAUACAACUUGUCUGGUUAAGAUAAUUAAUGAAAUUAAACCUGAUGAAAUUUACAAUUUAGCUGCUCAAAGUCAUGUUAAGGUUUCAUUUGAGUUAAGUGAAUACACUGCCAAUGUUGAUGCUAUUGGCACUUUAAGGAUUUUAGAUGCAAUCAGAAGCUGUGGAUUAGUUGAUAAAGUGAAAUUUUAUCAAGCCUCGACCAGUGAAUUAUUUGGUCAAGUUCAAGAGAUUCCUCAGAGUGAGAAGACUCCUUUCUAUCCUCGAUCUCCUUAUGGUGUUGCUAAACUCUAUGGUUAUUGGAUUGUGGUCAAUUAUCGUGAAGCUUAUAAAAUGUUUGCCGUCAAUGGUAUUUUGUUUAACCAUGAGAGCCCUCGACGUGGUGAAACUUUUGUGACCCGUAAGAUUACACGAGGUGUUGCCAAAAUUUCAAUCGGUGAAUUGGAAUACAUUGAAUUGGGAAAUCUGGACGCUAAAAGGGACUGGGGUCACGCUAAAGAUUAUGUUGAAGCGAUGUGGCUUAUGCUUCAACAGGAUAAUCCAGAGGAUUAUGUCAUUGCCACCGGUGAGGCUCACAGUGUACGGGAAUUUGUCGAGGAAUCGUUUAAACAUAUUGGUAAAAGUAUUGAAUGGAAAGGUGAAGGAAUCAAUGAAAUUGGAAUUGAAAAAGGAACCGGAAUUGUCCGAGUUAAAGUGAAUACCAAAUACUUCCGUCCGGCUGAAGUUGAAUUCCUCUUGGGUGAUGCAACUAAAGCUAAGAAACAAUUAAACUGGUCACCAAAGAUCACCUUUCAUGCUCUUGUCCAAGAAAUGAUCGAUUCUGAUAUUAAAUUAAUGAAGAAAAAUCCUGAAGCCUAAAGAUGAGGAUAAACACUAAAGUUUUUACCUCAAAGGAAACAAAUUGUUUUCCUAUUUGUUUUUUUUUCUAAGUCCAAGACAAUUCAUCAAUCAAAUUGAUUUUCAUUUGAAUGUGAAUCAAUAAAACGAAAUCAUUGAUUAAGUA